AUGGAAAAUAUUUUUAUAGAAAAGACAGAUACAACAGUUGCUCAAAGAAUGAAACUGUAUCGCCAGCGAAAUAGUCAAAACAAACAAGCAGUUAAUAAACGUUCAAAGCCUUUUACAAACUCUAAAAGAUCAAGAUUACAUCGUCAAAAAAUAAAACAGCUGCAGGAAAAUACAUUGUUUACUGCUAAUUUAUUAGAAAAUCUUGAGCCAGGUAUCUAUUUAGACGUUAAUGUCAACACAAUUGAAAUAAAUGAAAGUACUGCUGUAACUUUUUCUGAUACAGCAACUACAUCACGUCAAUUGCAAAUUAAUGAUUCUGCAUAUAAUGUGACAAGAACUGAUCUUUUGCAAGAGUCAAAUGAAGUAUUUGAACUUCCAUAUAAAGACUUCAAUUUGUUUAGGAGUGCACGAAAAUUCAAACAUCAUCGUACACCAAGGCGUUCCCAGACCUCAAGGGCAUCAUCUUGCAAAUCGACACAAUUCGAUACUUGUGCCAUAAAGUCUGCAACUGCAGUAUGUUCUCAUCGAUGCAGUACAACCAAUAAAUUCUUUAGGCAAUGUACAGGAAAUAAUGAAUCUCCAGAGGAUGAAAAUGUUGACAAUAGAAGUCCUGAUGUCUAUUGCAGGAAGCACCAAGAUAAAUAUGAUCAAGAUAAGGCAAAAAGCAAAGAGAAGCUCGAAAAAAAGAAGAGCAAAUGCAGUGACAAAAGUGUCGUCCUUGUCGAUUUGAAACCAAGUAAAAAAUCUGAUAGCACCUGCUGUGGAAGUGUCAUGAGAGUAGCAGGAGGUACUGAACAGUAUUCUGUAAGCAAAGGUUGUUCCUUGAUCAUGACACCAGAUUCCUUGCCUGGUUACAUCGGACAUCCUGAUAAUCCUGGUCAAGCCGAAGCAUGCAAGUGUCCUAUACGACAAAUCCCAGAAACACCUUCUUGCGAUCACCAGAUAAUCCUGGACGCCACUGCGUUGAAGAAAAUGCUAGACUUGUUACCAAAAAAACCCAGUGAAAGUAUUUUGAAGUCUCCAAAAGUCCCAGAAGUGCCUCCUAAAAUCACGACAAGCGUCGGAUGUCAACCAGAUCCUGAAUCUGACCACGUGGUGUAUCCUUCUGCACUUCAGAAAUAUUAUUGCAAGGAUAAGGAAAAAAAGAAGUACAACGUUACUUUGUCGCCGGAUAAAAGUUGCUUUUCGGAUAAGUCUUGGGAGAAAUAUUUGGAAAAAUUGGGGAACACUUGUGCCAAAACACCGGCGCAUAGGGUUAACGAAGGUGCUGAAUACAGCAGCAGACAGUAUACUAGAAAACAAGAAUGGCCCGGUGCAAAAGUGCGUCUCCAGCAGCACGUCACCCACUUUCAGAGAUCUCCGAAGGAAUCUCCGCACCAGCAUUUUGCUCCUCAACCUCGACCAAGUUCCAGAAAGGACAGAGGUUGUUCGAAAAGGAAUUAUUAUCCGGAAAAAGAGACUAAAUUCAAUUUUAGCAAUUAUUUGCAUGGUGAAUACCACGAUAAACCGAGACAACGACAUCCUCCGAAACCUUUUGACGAAGAUGCGCUCCUGAGGAGACUGAAUUUGGUCGCUUUUAGAAGGAAACGCGGAAAAAGGAGUGGUAAGACCUAUACAGCCUAUGCAAUUUCUUCGACGACAACCGAAGAAACAUCAACAACCACUACGACCAGUAAUAAUACGACUACGACCGACACUACGGCUACCACUUCGAGUACUUCUUUGGGCGAAGUAGGAGGAGGCUGUAGAAGGUUUUCAGGGUCCGAAGAGGGCGAGACGCUGAGCGUUGGAGAGAUUCGUGGCAGGUUCAGGAGGAUCGUAUGAAAGAGG